UAUAAACAACAUCUGAUAAAUUAAAUGUUUAAAAUAUAUAUUCAGACUUAAAUUUAAAUUUAACAACAAAAAAUCGUGAAUCUGAUAAUUUUUCAUUCUAAAAUUUAACAUCAUAAUAAUAACAAUAUUCAAAUUAACAUAAAUAAUACUAAAAACUAUGUGAAAUAGGUGAAGGUUCAUAUGGAAAAGUAUUAUAAGUAAAACAUAAGGAGACUAAUUAAUAAUAUGCAAUGAAAAUAAUUCGAAAAGAUCGAGUUACAACAAAUUAAAGAAUAAUGAAAUCUACUUUAUUGGAGAAAAAUAUACUUUUAAAAAGUAACCAUCCAUUCAUUAUUAAACUGUAUUAAUCUUUUUAAUCAUAAUUUAAAUUAUAUUUGGUAAUUGAGUAUAUGCCAAAUGGAGAUAUAUAUUCUAUUUUAUAACGAGUUCGUGUUUUUAACGAAAGUACAGCUAAAUUUAUUAUUGUGUAAGUUAUAUUAGGAAUCGAGUAUUUGCAUGAAAAAAUCGGGGUUAUGUAUAGGGAUUUAAAACCUGAAAAUGUACUUAUUGACGAAUUAGGUUAUAUUAAAUUAGCCGAUUUCGGUUUAGCAAAAGAAAUUGGCGAAGAAAAUAUUUCCUCAAAAGAAACUGCUCCUUUAGGGACUCCUUAAUAUUUGGCUCCUGAAAUAGUUUUAAGAAAACCACAUAAAUAAAAUGUAGACUUUUGGACUAUAGGAAUAUUUUUAUAUGAAAUGAUUGCUGGAAGACCUCCUUUUUGUGCUAAAGGAUAGUAAAAUUUAUAUAAAUAAAUAAUUUAAAAUAAUGUUCAAUUUACUUCUAACUUUUCUUUCGAAGCUUAAGAUUUUAUCAAGAAUUUACUUUAAUCAAAUCCUGAAAUGAGAAUUGGAGCUUAAGGAUUCGAUAGUAUUAAAAAACAUGCUUUUUUUUUUAAUAUAAAUUGGAAAUAAAUAAUUAAUAAAGAAUCUAAAUCGCCUUUACUUUAAUAUACUAAUUAAUUAAAAAUUAUAAAAAAAUAACAAAGAGAAUAGUCUAUAUAUGAAAGUCCAAAAUCUACUAAUGAUAUUAUUAAUUUUCCUUUAUUUAGCUAUGAUCCUAAAUAAUCAAAUUAAAUAUAAGAAUAACUUUAAUUUGAUAAAAAUUAUUGA